CUCCAAGAUGAAAUUCCUCAUUGCCGCAUUAUUCCUGUGCAUUGCACUUGUUGGGCAAACCCAAGGAGGUAGUCUUCGUGGACUUUCAGUUGCAGUUCCUCAUCAACAAUAUGGUGUUCCGUUGCUUAGCUCUGAUGAUAGAAAUCAUCAUCAGGCUGAAGAAAUCAAAAAACCAAAUGAUGAUAUAAUAAUCAACAACCAAGAACCAACAACUUCGAGACCCUUUAUUGAUCAUCUUCCUUUGAUUGAUAGUGCUGUGAACUUUGGGGCAGUUGCCAUUAAUGAACCGAUAACACAAAAACCAGAACUUCCUCUACUUCAACCAGGACUUCCAUCAUUACCAAACGCACCAAUUAUUCCAGUUAAGAUACAAGAGGAACCUACAGUUCAAGCUGAAGUAGUUGUGCCAUCGAACUCUUAUUUGCCACCAGCAACUCAUGAAGUUUCUAACAGCGAUUCUCUUUCGAAACAAAAACUACCAAUACUUCAAUUUACUCAACAAAUUCAACCAGCAGCUCCAAUUGGGUCGCUUCCUAUUUUACAAGUGAUUCAAGCUGGUGGCCAGUUGUCAGACGCCUUGCUGGCUCCAAGACCUUUAUUCCCAUAUGGGCUUAGCUCGGUUCCUCCAUCACUUCCAUCAUUAAGCCCUCUAUCAGUUCCUCAACCAAUCCAAAGUUCCCAGCAUAUUUCUGAUGCAUAUCUGCCACCAAGAGCGGAAGUGAUUCCCCUUCAACCUGGUCUUCCAUCGUUACCAGCAGCUCCACAAGUUUCAUUUUCUAGCCCUAUUCAAGUUCAACAAUCACUUCCUAUCUUACCACCGGGACUUCCCUCUCUACCAGAAGCUCCAGUUGUGCCCGUAAGCUCGAUCGCCAUUGAACAACCUUCCCAAGCUCAACCCCAAUUAACGAACACUUACUUGCCACCUCAACCAGAGCUUCCUCUGCUUCAACCUGGACUUCCAUCUCUGCCAGCAGCACCACAAGUUCAGCUAACUGUCCCAAUUCAAGCUCAACCAGAACAACCACUUUUACCACCAGGACUACCAGCCCUCCCAGAAGCUCCAGUCGUUCCAGUUAAUUCUAUCAUCAUUGAACAACCUUCUCAAACUUAUCAACCCGAAUUAAUGAACACCUACUUGCCACCUAAGCCAGAGCUUCCUCUCCUUCAACCUGGACUUCCUUCUCUACCAGCAGCUCCACAAGUUCCAGUUACUAUCCCAAUUCAAGCUCAACCAGAACUUCCACUUUUACCAUCAGGACUUCCAGCCCUUCCAGCAGCUCCAGUCGUUCCAGCCUCAAAUGUUGUUUUUGUUGAAGAACAAAAACCAACUUUGGUUCAAAUUCCGGAACUUCCAUCAAACCCUGAAGUGAAUAAUCAAAUUCAGCAAACUCAACAAAUUCAGCCAGCAAAUUUAGCCAUUGUCGAAAUCCCAGCACUCCCUGAAGCACCUGUUACUCCAGCACCAAUUCAAAUAAGUGAAGAUUCUAAAAUUGGUUAUGAAUACAAUAAACCUGCUCCUCCAUCUAUUGAAGCAGCACCGAUCCAAUUAGCUUCUCAAGCUCCAGUCUGGAAUGGAAACAAUAACAUUGGAACUGGCCAAGUAUCAAUUCCAGACCAACGCCAAAAACCAAUUCUACUUUUGAACCUAUAUCCUGACUUCUUUAAUAAUCUUGGUGUUUUCAAUAAUCCUGGACAAAAUCUACCAAAUCUGCCUCUUCCACAGCUUCCAGCUAUUCCCAACGUUCCUAUUUCCAUUCCACAACUUCCAAUUCAAGGUCUUCCUACAAUUCCACAGCUCUCAGCCCAAACUCUUCUGCCAGUUUCACAGUUCCCGAUUCAAGCUCCUGUUCAAAUCCCACAACUCCCGGUUGAAGCUCCUGUUCAAAUUCCACAGGUCCCAAUUCAAACACCACUUCCAGUUCCACAGACCCCGCUUCAAACAGCUCUUCCGGCUCUACAGAUCCCGAUUCAAGCUCCUCUUCCAGCUCCAGUUCAACUUCCUCAGCAACAGCAAAUCACCGUUCAACCUUCCCUACCACCUCAGCAAGUUGUUGUUGUUGAAUCAAAAAUUGAAGAAAAACCACACAAUGGAUACACUUAUAGUAUUCCAAGCCAACAAUUCCUACUCCCUAAUCAGUUCUAAUAAAACUAAUUGGAAGUUUAUCCUCCAAUAAUCAUCAGAGACUUCAAUCACAAUAAAUUUCAACUCAAUAGGAAUCAUUUAUAAAUUAAGUUAAAUUCUAAACAUCAAUUUCUUGACCUCCUCUUAAAGGUUGGUUCUUCAAGCUUGUAAUUCAAUUAAUGUUUGAUUAAAAAUAAAUACAAAAAUAUAAUAAUCAUAAUAAAAGCUCUAUAAAAGUUUACACAUA